AUCUGCAUUAGUUCAGUUCAGUUUGAGUCUGAGAGGUGAUGAAGAUAAAGCUGCUGCUCUUCCUCUGCGGGAUCCUCAGCGGUACGGCUGAAGUUUUUCAUGAGGACUUUCAAAUCACUGGCUGUUCAGACUAUGAUGAAGAGUUCAUGGUUAAUCUGGAUGGUGAAGAGAUUGUUUACACAGACUUCAAGAAGGGGACAGAAGUCGAUGCUCAGCCUUCCUUUGUAGGUCAUAUUACCUACGCAGGAGGAUAUGGUGCAACUGUGCUCGAGUUACAGGGCUGCAGAAAUGACCUGGAGGUUAUUCGAAGAUUUACAAAAGAUCUUCCACUGAAACAAGAUCCCCCCUCCAAUGUGGUGGUCUACAGCAGAAACAAGGUGGAGCUGGGGCAGCAGAACACUCUGAUCUGCCACGUCUCUGGGUUCUACCCGGCUCCUGUGAACGUGUCCUGGACCAGGAAUGGUGAGAAGGUGUCAGGAAGCAUCAACGUCCCCCGCCCCAGCAGUGACGGGACCUUCUCCCAGAUCUCCAGGCUGCAGUUUGUUCCUCAGCUGGGAGACAUCUACAGCUGCUCAGUGGAGCAUCCAGCUCUGCCUGAGGUCCAAACCAUGAUCUGGGAUGUGGAGAAAUCCCAGCCCGGCAUUGGACCUGCAGUCUUCUGUGGGCUGGGUCUGGUGGUGGGUCUGCUGGGCGUGGCUACAGGAACCUUCUUCCUCAUCAAAGGAAACGAGUGCAGCUGAUUGGAGGGUUUUGAUGAUGUCAUCAUGGGGGGAGGGGUGGAUUUGAACCAGCAACGGUUUCUAACAAGUUUCUCUUGUUUUCUUACUUCCUGUUUUACUUUGAAAGUCUGUACAGUUGGUUCCAAUGAGUUAUAUCACUAGAGGAGACACACCCGCUUUAGA